UAUCAUAUCGGAUUCGCCAGUGUCACAAUACCGCAACAAAACCACUUUUUACUUCUAAAACAAUAUGCUAGAGCUAAUCAAAUAACGGUGAAAUGGAUUUACCUAGAAAGUGGUCACGGUAAAGGUGUGGCGGACGGGGUGGGCGCGGUAAUCAAGAAAAAGAUGGAUGAGGCUGUUGCUUUUCAUCCAGAUAAAGCAUUUAAUAAUGUACUUGAUUUGUUUAAUGUCAUUAAAAAUAAUACAAACAUCAAACUUUUCACGUAUAAAACAGAAGACAUUGAUUUUAUGAAAAAAAUGAUACCAAAGUUAGCAGUUGUGAAAGGAACUGCAGCUCUUCAUGAAGUAACAACUAAACCAGAUGGCAGAUUAUAUGGAAAAGAUACUUCUUUUGGUCCUGAACGAUUACUGUAA